CUGUCCCAGGGAAACUCAGCUCUUGGACUGAUUUCCUGGUACAUCUCCCUUUGUAUGGGGUUACAGGAGGCAACCUCUGGUGUUCCAGGACUGAGGUACACCUGUAGCAACUACACAGAAGGAUUAAAGAGUCAUACAAUCUCUGAAUCACUGCGUGGUGUGGGGGGAUCCAGGGAGAGCCCUGGACAGAUUUGGGCUGUAGAGACAGGAGGAAAGGGACACAGAUAUGUCAGGGGAGCUGAAUCACAAAAGUAACUUUUCAAUCCUAGGAGUGGGAAAUGCUCCUUCUCUCAUGCAUGCAUCCAUGGUCCCGGCACAGGCUGCAGGCUGGAUCACAAAGGUCACAAGUCAAACUGAGAGCAGUCAGGUUCUGAGCUGCUUGCUCUUAAUUGCUCUUGCAUGCAUGCAGGAGGGUCAUGUGUAUGAUUUCUCUCAGAUUCAUAUAUUUUCCUGCACUGAGAUGACCAAAAAUGGGAUCUUGACCAUCAGAGGCUUCUGCUCCCGGGAAAUCUUCUCCAUUACUCCCAUUCCCCAUUCUAACACCUCCUUCUCUUUCCCUGUCCAGCUCAUAGGUAAAAAUAAUCCUAAAGAGAUGAAAACAGAGUUGUUCCUCAAACAGGAAUCCAAGAUUCCCUUAGACCAAAUCACAGCGAGCCAGGCUGUCCUUGACGACUACAAACAACUGAAGGGUUUGGAUCGAGGCCAUUUGAGCCCUAAUGGCCAUCACAAUAGUAGGGAAAGCAAGACAGCUACCUUCACCCUCACGAACAUAGUGCCCCAAGACAGCAGUCUCAACCAGGGCCAGUGGAACAUCUACGAGUCUAUAACAAUGCCCCAGAAGACCCAGGGUUGUACGACCACCUACGUGAUCACAGGUGCUGUGCCUGGGAAAAACAGUGUCGCAGAAGGGAGGGUGAAUAGACCCAGCCACAUCUGGUCAGCUGCCUGCUGUCUGGAGGGCAAAAAACCCUCGAAGACUUGGGGGAUAAUUGCUGAAAAUGACAAGAAUGAGGUGGAGAACCUCAGCCUGGGGAAGCUGGAGGAGAAGUUGACCAAUCUCUACAAGAGAAAGGUUACUCUGUUCAACAAUGCCUGUCCCCGGGAAUGAGGCUCACAUCCUCAAAGAGAAGGUUCAGUGGCUUUUCCCACAUGUCAUAGUAUCACAGAAUCACAGAAUGGGUUUGUGUUGAUGGAACAGUAAAGCCGUCAAAACAGCUCUGUGUAACUUUUACUCGUACCACAGCCUGCUCACAGUCAUUUACUUCUUUAUAAUAACCCAUCUAACCCUGCCCUCCAUCAGUGUGAAACCAUUUCCUCUUCUCCUAUCACUCCAUACCCUUGUCCAAAGACGCUCUCCAGCCCUCUUAGAGAUCCUUGAGCUACUGCACUCUCAGCAGUCUUCUCCAGGCUGAACAUCCCCAGCUCUCUCACCCUCUCUCCAGAGCAGACACGCUCCAGCACUCGGAGCACUUUCAUGGCCUCCACUGGACUCCACUCCAACAGCUUUGUAUCCUUCUUGUGCUGUGGGCCCCAGAGCUGGAGGCAGCACUGCAGCUGGGGUCUGAGCAGAGCAGAGGAGAGGGGCACAAAUGUCCUGUGCAGAGUCUGUGCUGCUUCCUUCCUUCUCUGCUGUGUUUCCAGCUCUGUCCCUCAGGGCACCUCCUCCUCUCUUCAAAGGCACAAAGAUGUGGGCAGAGCCUCCAGCUGCUUUGCUUUGCUGCCCAUCUCAGGAGAGAGCUCUCAGGAACGAGUCCUCUUCACCUUAGCUGUCCCCAAGAGUAUGCAGCUGACUUGUCCCUCAUGUCCUUAGCAAGGAUGUGGCAUCAGGGUGCCUCAGGUUGCCCAGAGAUCCGUCUGGAGAUCUCCAUGUCUGGAUAUACCCAAAGCCCAACAAUACAAAGACAACCAGAUGUAGCUGAUCCUGCUGCAGCCUGGAGUCUGCACUAGAAGAUCCUGAGAAGUCCCUCCAAAAUACAACAAUUCAGGGAUUCUGUGAUCCUGGCACAUGCUUUUGUUUGCUUGCUUUUGGAACUGCACCUUGAGAGCAGCAGCUGUUGGAUCAGACAGGCAGGCUUUGGCAUCAGAUCCAUAGAGAGCUUUGAGCAGCCACAGCUGAAUUCCUGGGAUGCACUCCUUGGACACCUUCAUUCUCUGCUCUGCUUCUGAAGCUUUUCUGCAGAUUGAUGGGAAACUGAUUUGGGGAAAUUUUGUAUUCAAUGUUUGUCAAAGAUCAAUGUGUGCCCCAUCAUGGAGUUUGCAAGAGCUUACAAUAAAAGUGAUUUGCUGCAGUG